ACAUUUCUCCCCAAUAAAUUCCAUCAGUCAACGUUUUUCAGCCAAUUACAAAGGGUUAACGGAAUACCCCUUAGCAAUUUAAAAUUCAAGUAUAGACUUUUGGUCAAUUUAGCCACAAUGUUCAUCCGCGGAGAUGUGCCACGCAAUUCGGGAGGCAAGAUUCCCCAAGUACCCAGUUCGAUGACCUCGUAUGUGGCUGCCGUGAAGCGUGGACCCUAUACGAUGACCAAUCCGGUGUACCAAAGCCAUAAUCCCAAUUUGGUGGGCUUGGAUGGCCAGGUGGAGGAGCCGCGUCCCAAGCCCACCUUCAAUGUGCAGAAACAGGCACUGGUGAACAACUAUCGUCACCACCAGCGUCUCAUUCCAGUGCCCACGUCGCGGAGGAACCUGCCCCACACCAGAUCCCACAUGGUGAUGAACGAGCAGCGGGAGCUGUACCGCCAGCACCGCGAUCGCAUGAGCCACAUCAAGGGCAAGGUGAACACCCAUCUGCCGCCGCCCAAGGUCCAGAUCGAGGGCAACGGCAUGGAGCUGUCCUACAUGGAGAUGCUGACGGCCCUCUACAAGAAGAGCAAUAAUACGCUGCGUACUUUUACCAAAUCCCCGGAAAGGUUGGCAGCUGGUCGGUGGCGCAAUGCCAACUUGGCAAGGGAAAAGGAGCGCCGGCAGCUGGAAAAGAAUGAGGUGUUCCACAAGGGUGGUGGUCUGUUCGAUCCGCAGCUCGGCCAGUCGAAGCGCUACAAGCCGAAGUCCUCGGGCUCCUUCAGCUGCGAGAUCCCGCUCCAUGUGAUCAAUCGCUACGAGCGCCUGAUGGACGCCCAGUGCGACGUGGGCAUCCUGUGCAAGCUGCUGCGUCCGCAGAUCUACCUGGACAUCGCGGUGCCGGAGGCCCGCAUCCAGGGCCGCCUGGCCAUCCAGCUCUUCACCGAGGCCUGUCCGCAGGUGGUGCUGGAGUUCAUGAGGAUCUGCACCCAGAACCGCAAGCGAUCCAUCGUCUUCAGCCGGGCUCUGGCGCCCGUUUGGAUGGAGGGCCGGCUAUCCAUGGAUCCGCAACGGAACACCGAACCGACCAACAUCGAGCACGACUUCGAGGUGCUCAACCAUGGCGUGGAUGCCGGCAUCCUCUCCUUUCCCAGCCGAUAUGUCCGCGGGAAUGCCCGCACGGCCGUGAACUUCACCAUCAGCUUCAAGCCGCUGUCCAUCCUGAACGGUAGGAGGAUCGCCUUCGGCAAGGUGCGCAAGGGCAUGCAGCUCCUGGAGCGGAUCCAGGAGGCCAUCGGACACCUGCCCAUGAGCCACAACAUGAUCGAGUUGAAAGAAUGUGGCGUGCUCGAAUCAAGUUAAAAAUUUCAUUUAGAACUUAGCCAUAACUGAUUUGCAGUACAAAAAAACCAGCCCCUUUAAGGGAAAGCUUGAAAUUUAU